CGAAACGUAACACAUUCGUUUAGAGUUUACACGGCCGCUAACGUAGCGUCCGAACUAACAGUAGCGAGUUCGCAGAAUACAAGCGGAACUGAACGCAUCACCCAGCCGUUGGUUUUCUACUCUGGUGACGUCACUUGAAGAGUUGUCAUGGCGUCGUCGAGGCUGAAGCUACCGUUGCAGUGUUGCUAAAAAAAAAAAAAUAUAUCUGUCGACUGCCUUUAAACCGAAAUGGAGAAAAAUGCAAACCUGCAUCGAGACACUGAGGUGACCUCUGUGUGUGGCUCUAUUGCGGGCGAAAUGGGCGACGCCACGGUCGCGGGCGACGUGAAAGGAGCAGUCGACAAAUUAAAGAAUAGUGAAGCGCCUCUCAGUACUUUGGAUAACGCUCCUUGUGAUACCAGCGCCUCAAAUGCUACUUCUCCGAGCUGCGAUGGAUGUGUUCAGAGCGCCGUGCCGGAGGUUAUCGAGGUCCCCCCUGUGCGGGAGGAUCCGGAGGAGAACGCCGAGGCGAUCCCGUCGCUGUUGAGGUGCGAGGAUCAGGUCAGUAACGGGAUGGACCAGGACUCGGAGCAGGCAGCAGAAGACAGCCAGGGAGGUGCCUCAAAGUUAGUAAACAACAAAGCCGGCAGCCUGUCCUCAUCUCCCGCUGGAGACAGCAUACAUGUAAAGGCUGAGUUUGCAGCCUGUGGAGAAAGUGAGCAGACAAAACUUGCCAAACCGACUGCUCUGUGUCCGGACAGCGCAAACGCAGCGGACCGCAAAUCUGGACAGUCCGGCGAUCACACCUUAUCGGAAGGACUGCCGAGUGGGAGUGACCCCGACCCGAGCCUCGGUGGAGAGUCUCGGAGCAUAGAUUCACUCGAGUCGUUCUCCAACCUCAACUCGUGUCCAAGCUCAGAGGGGCUGGAUGACAGGGGACUGGCCUUGGCCUUGCAGAGCGAGUACGCUUCCGACGGGACAAAGACCUCCUGCGCUAAGGACCGAGCCGCUGGCCAGUCCAUAUACCACAUUAAGUGGAUCAAAUGGAGGGAGGAAAACACGCCGAUCAUCACUCAAAACGAGAAUGGACCCUGUCCAUUACUGGCAAUCAUGAAUGUCCUUCUGCUUGCAUGGAAGGUUAAAAUACCACCUAUGAUGGAAAUUAUAACUGCUGAGCAACUGAUGGAGUAUCUUGGCGACUACAUCCUGGAAACCAAACCUAAGGAGAUAUCAGAGGUUCAGCGGCUGAACUAUGAACAAAACAUGAGUGACGCCAUGGCAGUGCUGCACAAGCUGCAGACGGGUCUGGACGUAAACGUGAAGUUCACAGGCGUGCGAGUGUUUGAGUACACCCCAGAAUGCAUUGUGUUUGACCUUCUCGACAUCCCUCUUUACCACGGCUGGCUUGUUGACCCCCAGAUGCACGACAUUGUGAAGGCAGUGGGCAACUGCAGCUACAACCAGCUGGUGGAGAAGAUAAUAUCCUGCAAACAGUCAGACAACAGCGAGCUGGCAGGGGAAGGCAUCGUGGCAGAGCAGUUUCUGAGCAGUACGGCCACUCAGCUGACGUACCACGGCUUAUGCGAGCUCACCUCCACUGUGCAGGAGGGAGAGCUCUGUGUCUUUUUCAGGAACAACCACUUCAGCACCAUGAUCAAAUACAAGGGUCAGCUGUACCUUCUGGUUACAGACCAGGGUUUCCUGACGGAGGAGAAGGUCGUCUGGGAGAGUCUGCACAACGUCGAUGGAGACGGAAACUUCUGCGAUUCAGAGUUCAGGUUGCGGCCUCCGUCCGAUCCAGAGACAGUGUACCGUGGACAGCAGGAUCAGAUAGACCAGGACUAUCUGAUGGCGCUCUCCCUGCAGCAGGAGCAGCAAAGCCAGGACCUGCAGUGGGAGCAGCUCCCCGAAGGCAUCAGUGACUUGGAGCUGGCCAAGAAGCUUCAAGAGGAGGAGGACCGACGAGCGUCGCAAUACUACCAGGAGCAAGAGCAGGAGCAAGCAGCGGCUGCAGUGGCUGCACAGGCUCAAGCACAGGAGCCAGUUGAAGGAAGUGAGGUGGACAGAGGAGGAGCCCCAGCAAGCUCAGCUGCAGCAGCAGCAUCUGGGGCCGGGGCCUCACCUGCAAGCGGGGCCACAUCCAGCCCGGGAAAACAGCCAUCAGAGACACCACCGGUCUCCCUGCGAACUGGACAGACAGCGUGCGGCCGCCGCAGGACGACGACGACGACAAUGGAGAGACGUUACUGACAGAGGACUGGCUGUUCCCAAAAACCACUGGUGCCUGUUUUCUUCAAUCCUCAGUGGAGCCUGAGCGUCGGAGGAAGGGACACUACAGCUACAGCAACUGGUCUUACAUAGAGCCGGCCAAACUUUGUUACAAGUCACUCGCUGCACUGCAGAUACGUGCCGUGGGUUGAAAUUUACCUGGGGCGGUGUGUUUUAUAGAAAAGGAUAAAAAUCCACACUUGUUUUCUGUUGUUUUUUUCAAACGCAACUUAUUUCAUUUUGUUUUUCACUCGUGCAGCUUAUAAGCUUUUUUGUAGGCAGCAAUAUUUACAAAACAUAGUUUGAAAGAUUUGCUUUUUUUAUUAUUAAGUCAGCUGUUAAUGCCAAGAUACAAGUUUUGUUUAUUUAUCAGUUACACAGGUAGCUUUUCGGGAGUAUUUUUUGUUUUGAAAGCCGAAAAGGGAUUUCAUUUUCAUCUUGCCUGUUGGAAAUCAGCUUACACUACUUGUGUCCCUUCUGAAACACUACACACUAAGGGUUAAUGAUGCCAGAUUGUUGCCAGACACUGUAGCUGUGUAAUAAGACUUUAUGACCACUGCUCGCUCUGUUCAGAUUUGCCUUACCAGAGUAUGGCAUCGUUGUUUUCUGCUCUGUCCGAAUGUGAACGAGUGCUUGAUUCGGUGAAGUACUUUGCGUGAUGCGACAGUGUGUGGCGUGCGUUCACUAAGCACCAUGGUUCUGACAAGUUUCAGUUUGGAUUUACUCCGUUUUGUUGUAGGUAAGCUACACAUUUGUUGUGAUUCUGUUAGGCACGACCGUUUUUUGCAGAUUAGAUUUUAGUUUUUAGUUUGAGUGCAAAAGGCUCUUCUCAUUUUUCUGUCAGGAUGUCAGCUUCCUGAUGAGAUGCUGGGCCUUUCCUGAUAAUGCUGACCGAUAACGAAAUGAUCCUGCUGUUUCCUCCGGGCCCCAUUAAUCAGUCAGUACAAAGAAUCUAAUUACUUACAGUAAUUAUGCUUUUUUUUAAAAUAAAAAAGUAUCACAUAAUCUUUUUUCUACAAGUACAAAACUGUGACCCUUGCAGAAAAGUUUCUAUCAUCAGAGCAACAAGCAAUCUCAAAGGAUUAAUGACUAUAGAUAAUUAUUUAUAUCAGUAAUGUAAUUCAAAACUUAAACUCAUGUAUUAUCUAGGUUUAUUACACAAAUGUGACAUAUUAUAAGAUUUUAUUUUUUGUUAAAUUUUAUCAUUUUGGCUUCCAUCCAAUGAAAACCUGAUCCUCAGUUUCUCAAUAACUGAUCAUUUCACGUAGGAACAAUAAACAUAUGUUCUUAUUACAGAGACAUUUUUACAUAUACAUAUAUUUCUUGCUUUAGUUCUGGUGUCGCUCUGCAACCAGGCUGUGAAAAAGAAUCAGCAAAAUAGAGUAACCGAAAUGCUGUAUUUUUCUAAAUUAUUACAAUUAAUGUUGUAAUUUGUGGACAUUAGUGAAACAAACCCACAUUUAAAUCCAGAUGUGUGACUGGAUCAGGCAGACGUUUAAGCUCAGACUGCAGUGCUGACAGCCGGCUCGGUUUCAUGCUGAACCUGUGCAAAUUCAUCCACCUGGCUUUGUGUCAAAUUUCCUCUUCUUUGCAUAACUUUGCUCUGCAGCAUUUCUGAGGACUGAAUAUGUGUAAUAUUUGUAGAGUUUAGGCCUAAGUGUUGGAAUUCACAAACAGAGCAGCCAUGGAGGAACGGGGUGCGCAAUUCUUGACACUGAAAUUCUUUGCUAUCGCGUUUCAGUUUCUAAGCAUUUCUCUGCAACACUGAGCAUGCAACCACGUGAUGUACAUAUUUAACCUGUUGCAUUCUUAUGACGGGGUUUAGCUGGUUGUUUGUGCCAUUAUUGUGCCGUGGGACUGCCUCCAGAGACAUUUUUCUAUCUAUACAUUCCAGCUGGAUGCCUUGACACAAGCGCUCAGUCGUCACAGAGGGUCUUUGCAGUACUUGUGAAACGGUCUCUGUUGCUUUCUUGAUUGAAAACAGAUUCUCUAUUAGGACAAGAGGAUUAGACGGAGGCAGCAGGCGACCCGACUGUGUGGGGUAACCUUUGUUUUUUUUUUUUUUUUAUGAGCUCUGUGUGGUGGCAUGCGGUUGGCUGUGUUUCUGAGACAAUCCAUACAUAUUUUCCACAACAGAACUACUCUCAGGCCCUUUUUUAUGAAGGGACAUAUCCUCACGUGUCUUUUCUAGCGCGUAUGCUUUUUAACGGCACAGUUCCUCGGCCUGCAGUCGCUUUCUCAGUCACGGCUUUUUAGUACUUGUAUACGUAUAAACGCAGAACGUUUGACACUUUAAAGAAUUUAACAUGUCACUCUUAAGUUUUGAUCCACACUCUAAAACCAAUGAACUGGCUGCCCAAAUAAAGACAGGGUUAAAUAACAUUAGGUGUGCGCACCUUUCAUACAAGUUUCUUUUUUUUUUUUGUGCAAACGUAAUUGUUUUGAGGUUUGUUUUUUUUUACUUCGUGUGUGUUGGCCAAUUAGCUGAACACGUUAUUAAACAUUCCAGUAGGUUUAGAGCAAUGAAACAGGACUAAGGAAAAUCUGGAUUGUUUUAUGUUGGUUUGAACGUGUGAAGUGACAUGCCACCGCUUAUUACAAACAUACUUCCUUGCUUUAGCUUGAUAUUCCUGGUCACUAUUACCUGAAUCUGAUGUUUCAAGUGUUUGCUUCAUCCUGGGUUCUUAUGAUGAAAUAAUCAGAGGGAUAUUGUGUGUUCUGUGUCUCAUAGUGGGUUCUUGUAUGCUUUGUAAAAGUGAUGGUGGGGUAAAUGCUGUAAAGUUAGUAUUUUGACAAGGUGAUCGUGGAACAUAUGUAUAUAUUUUUUUGCGAUUGGUUUUGCACUGUUACAUUAAUAUGCACUAACACGAAAAGAAACAUACCUCAUUUUCUAUUGAACAUUAAUUGUGCAAGAGUGCUAUUGUUUUUUUUUGUGGGGUACCUUUGAAGAACAAAAUAAGAUGUAAAAGAAAAACAACUUGGCCAAUUUAUUUCUAAUGUUGCUUACAGCUGGUCUUAAGUCGGCUGCGUAACUAUUAAUUGUAAAAGUCUGAAAAGGGCUGUUUUGGCUCAGACGAGAAAGUUUGUCAGAAAGGUAGCACCAGUUCAACACAACUUGCUGCAAUUUAAUACACUACUCAGGUUAGUGGUACAUCUGUCUUAAGGCUACCAAUGUACACGAUUGAGUAGCAACACAUCGCUUAUAGAUAAUGAGUUUUGUAUCAUAAGGAAGUAGAGAAAAGAUGUUGAAGGUAAAAAUCUAGAGCUUGAUUCUAUUAGCGAAAAAAAAAAUAGUUAAGGGCAAGUGUCAUCACAUUUGCAAAUAAAAAAGUGAGCACUGAAGAGUAGGCAUGAUGUUAUGUUUAUGCCAAACUUGGGCAUAACUCAAUGUUCUCCCCAAAAAGUAAUGACAGCAAAGUUUAAGUUUAUAAAGUCAAGUUUUAUCUUCUGAGGAGUCAGUAGAAAUGUUGUCUGAGAGCAGUGGAUUGAAGACCUAACCAGCUGGCAUGCUAUGGAGGGAUUUAAAAGCACUCUGUCAGAAGCUCAACCUGCCUGUAAUAAACAACAGCAGCAAAUUACCACUUGUGAUAAGGCCUGUAGUUGGAAACACUAAAAUUCUGCCCACAUUCAGAUGUUGUACUUUCUGCUCCAAUUCUGACCAGCAUUGCUUAUCUCCAGAAUAGCCUACUUUAACUUAAUAAGUGCAGUGAUUGUCCAAGUUCCUCUUUGCUCCACACACAGGCUGUGUGACUCGUUAAGUUGUUAAACGUUAUUCUGAAUCUUUAAUUCUGUCUGCAUUACGUUUUCCUAUGGAAACAUGUCGUUUGGCCCUAAAAAUUCACUUCAAGCUAAUGCUAACCUUUAGAUGGAAAGAAAGUUAUAAUACUAAUAUACAGACAGGCUGUAGUUACACUUAAACACUUCUUGAUUUCGUGUAAUAAGAAACUAAUUAGCAUAACUACAGCUAAUUAUAAUGGCUAAAUCUACAUGUGGAGAACACAAAAAAGCUGAAUUGAUCAACUUUAUGCUCACAAACAACAGCUUGAAACACAUCAGCUGUCUGGCUGUAGAGGCUAUUAUGACUCUAAAAUAUGAUGAUAUUUGCCCUUUAAAAAGUCGGUAGGUGUACUUCUAAUUUAGGUAGUAAUGUUUCAAGCCUGGUCCAUAAUUACACUACAUAAUGUUCUCAUAGAAGAGUGAUAUGCUUAAACUAAAAUGCAGAACGGGAAAGGUUUGCUUUUUAACGACUGAGUGUUACUGUAGCAGAGGAAGCUGUUCAUUCAUUUGGUAUGAGACGCAUCCAGAGGGCUGCAACAAUCUAAUAGAGAUUUUUCUUUCUUUUCUUUGAUGCAAUAUCAGACUCCCAGAUUUAACUUUGUGAAGCAUGUGUAAGUGGGGGAAUGAAAUGUUAGGCACAAGGAUAUUUUAUUAUUUACCACCGUUAACUCCGCUGUCUGGUCUGUUACGUUUGAGUGUCACAUGAACAAGCAAAACGACUUUGUUUGAAAAUAGGGGAGGUUACUCAUUGUUGUCAAUUUCAUUGAUCAUUAUUUACUUAAAUGACCAAAUAAUGUAUGUAGCCUUUCACAUUACAGUCACAUAUUGUAUAUGGUGAUGUGUGUGUAUAUAUAUAAAUAUAAAUAUAUAUAACAAAAUGCCUUAUAGACGAGGGACAUUCAACCUGAUUAGAAGUUACCUGGAUAAUAAAAAAAAAUUAAGAUCA